AUGCGGCAUGUAGUAGUCACGCGUUUUAGUUCCUCGAUCCCUUACUCGUCGCCCUGUCAUUGUCUGAUUUUUGGUUGUUUGAUCACACUUGAAAUUAUGUAUUUACUUAUCGUCUUUUUGCCCUUGCUUGGUAGUUCCGUAGCAGGUUUUUUCGGACGUUUUCUAGGAUCAGAAGGAACUGCUAUAGUGACUACUACGUGCGUUUCAUUCUCUUCGAUCUUAUCUUUGAUUGCUUUUUAUGAAGUCGCACCGGGAGCUAGUGCUUGCUAUCUAAGAAUUGCUCCAUGGAUUUCAUCGGAAAUGUUUGAUGCUUCUUGGGGCUUCUUUGGCGACCGUGAAGUCACCGGAUGA